GAUUAAAAAGUUUGAGCUGAGAAAGCGGGAGGGAAAGCAGGACAAAUUCUCUUACUGAGGAUAGUUAUUGAUUUACUAAGAGUUCUAACAGCAAGUAGAAACAACUAUUUAUUCUGCUUGUUUCAGUUGACAAAGACUGCCCUAGUUGUGUUUUACUACUUUUGUGGCAAUCUCUUUAUAGUUUCUUAUUUUCUGGGCAUGGAUUUUAUGGAUCCUAGUACCUUGUUGUUCCUGUUUGUCCUUACAAUGAUGUUCUUUUUGAAAACGGGCAACUUCUGGAAGUCCAGCAGCCAGGAUCUUCCCCCGGGACCAAGGCGGUGGCCCCUCAUUGGAAAUCUCCACCUCCUGGAUCUGAAAAGGCCUUACAGAACCUUAUACAAGUUAUCCAAGCAGUAUGGUCCUGUCUUCAGAUUUCAAACGGGAUUCCAGAAAAUGGUGGUUGUGGCAGGCUAUGAAACUGUACAGGAGGCUUUGGUGAACCAGGCAGAUGCAUUUGCGGAGCGGGCCAGCAUCCCGAUCUUUGAAGAGUUCUCAGAAGGUCAUGGAGUUAUUUUUUCUCACGGUGAGAACUGGAAAGUGAUGCGAAGGUUUACGUUAACCACGUUGCGUGACUAUGGGAUGGGCAAGAGGACCAUAGAGGACAAAAUUGUCGAAGAGUGCCAUUCCCUAAUUCAGAAGUUUGAGUCUUACAAAGGAAAACCAUUUGAGACAGCUGUAAUCAUGAAUGCAGCUGUUGCCAAUAUUAUAGUAUCCAUAUUACUUGGCAAGCGAUAUGAAUAUGAAGAUCCCACGUUUCUAAGACUACUGAAGUUGGUGAAUGAAAAUGUCCGGCUUUUUGGAAGUCCCUCUCUCUCGUUGUACAACAUGUUUCCUGCGCUGAGCUUUCUCUUCAGCAGUCGCAAGACUGUCCUUAAUAACAGGAAAGAAACGCACUCCUUCAUACAGGAAACCUUCAUAGAACACCUCAAGGAACUGGAUGUCAAUGACCAGAGGAGCUUUAUUGAUGCUUUUCUAAUCCGACAGCAAGAGGAAAAGAACAAGAACAAGAUUAAUAAAUUUUUCAAUAAUGACAACCUAAAAAGUGUUGUGGGUAAUUUAUUUGCUGCUGGCAUGGAGACCACUUCGACUACCUUGCGAUGGGGUCUGUUGUUGAUGAUGAAAUACCCUGAGAUUCAGAAUAAGGUCCAAGAAGAGAUUACAAAGGUGAUCGGGUCUGCUCAACCUCAGAUUGAACACCGAUCAAAACUGCCAUAUACAGAUGCGGUAAUCCAUGAAGUCCAGAGGUUUGCUAAUAUUCUCCCUAUGGACUUACCACAUGCCACCACUACGGAUGUCACUCUUAAAGGCUAUUUCAUUCCAAAGGGAACUUAUAUUGUUCCAUUAUUGUACUCCGUGCUGUAUGAUGAAUCUCAGUGGGAAAAACCCAAUAAAUUCUACCCUGAACAUUUCCUGGAUUCCAACGGAAAGUUCGUAAAGAGAGAUGCCUUCAUGCCUUUCUCUGCAGGUCGGCGAAUCUGUGCUGGUGAGACCCUUGCCAAAAUGGAGCUCUUCCUGUUCUUUGCAAGUCUCCUGCAGAGAUUCACUUUCCAGCCCGCCCCUGGGACGUCUAAAGAAGACCUGGACCUGACCCCUGCAGUUGGGUUUACUACGCCUCCCACACCCUACUAUUUAUGUGCUUUGCCACGUUCUUAAAAUUUAACUGUACUUAUCUUCUCUGCACAACACUCUCAUUUCCUGCACCUUCUUGCCUGCCAGGAACAUUUCAGAUUCAGUGGAUCAAAACUGUGCUUUGUCACAAAUCUUAGAGCUUCAAAUGCCUAUCUGUGAAACUCACACAAGAUAGUUCAGAGAAAUAACUUAGAUCAAAAUUUGAUCCUCACAGUCAUUAGCUCUAUAAAGCAGCUAAUCCCGGCUGAUUUGUUCAAUUCACACAUUACAUCUUCUCUUUGAAUCCCCAUAACAACUAAAUUGAAUUACAGUCCAAGUGAGAUCCAUCCAAUGGUAGCAGCUGUGUAGACAAAAUAGAUAUAUUUCAUUAGCACUGUAUUUCUGACUUCAAACUGGCUUCACAAAAGCUCAACGCCUACCCAUUCUACUAACCUUGGAACUUGUUUAAGUCUCACAUUUGAGAAAGAUAUAUAACACUAGAACAAGAGUUCACUGAAUGAGUAAGCAAACCCUGUAGACUGGAGCUGGCACACCACCCAGUUUGCAUUAACAACUCUUUACAUCCCUGAUUUCUGGUCAGUUGGCACACCACAACAGGAAUCAGGGAGUAAUUUCAUCUUGUUCUCUCAUCAUUCACAGAGCACAACAUUCCCAUACACUCUAAGUAAUAUUCUUCUAUGCUCAGAAGCUCAUGAUGUACCUUUCUUUCCGUUAUGCUUCCUAGAUAAGACAAAAGUCUGAUCACAGCAUAUUUUGCUUACUUGGCUGAGAAUGGAAUGUGUAACUUGUAACUGUUGCUAUAACCAUAUUUGGGCAUCCGGGACUUCCUGAAUACAAGCUAAUAAAACUCUCGCCUCCAUCUUUGGAGGGACAGACUUUGCAUCCAGA